AAAGGCUAGGUGUGUGGUGGCACGGACCGAGCAGGUGACCAUUGGAAAUCAUAGACGAGAAGGUCUGAAAUUUCGACGAUAUUUGUAGAUACGUAGUACAUUUUGGCAAAUGCUCGUUCGUGUUGAAAACCGUGACCAAUGGCGAACUCAAGAGCAUGAUUGCUUACCUGGCGAACCCACUUGACCAGGAGAGACAGAGGUAGCAGGACCAGUGACCGGUGACUGAGGAACCGAGAAGGAUUGUUUUCCAGUGGUAGACCGGCUCGACGCAACCCUAGCGUCUGGCUUCCCGCGCAGCGAACGCUGCCAGGAUGGAUGAAAAGUCUGGCUUCGCGAGCUCCGGCUCCAGCAUGGCAUCCAAUGACGGUGCUAUCUAUCACGGCGUGUCGCCAUCCAAGAAAUUAGCACUCCAAGUGUUCUUCAUCUGUGUGGCGCUGGCGGUGUUGGCCUCGCUGGUAGUAUGUUUUGUCCUGGGCAGCACGGAGCGUACUCUGUACAUGCUCGGAGUAAACCAGUGCAUCACUCUAGCCAAUUGUCUAGUCCUGCUCAAGUGGUACAAGAGUGGCACAUUGCCUCAGACUUGGCUGUGGUAUUUGGUGAUGGUGGGUGUAUUUCUAGUCAUCCAGUCGGCUAUCACGGACAUCAUGGUUGGUGAGUAUCCCUACUCACCGGCUACAACACAGCCGCCACCCACCACCUAUCCGCCCAUCAUCACAACAAUACCCAGCAACAUGACCAACACGACCACCCCGCGGCCUGUAACGACGACGACCAAUUCAUCAAAUGCUAGCGCGAUAUUUGGCUACGAGCCGAUGGCACUUGUCUUCUAGUGUGUCCUGGGCAAAGCGUGUGUGCUUCCACAGCCUUCCAGCUUGUGUGAAUGAAUCAGGCUGCUGCUGCGUGUGAGAACCAGAACUCCAUGGAGGAAUAUUGCAAUCUGCAUGAAUUCCAGCCCGCGUGGCUGGAUACCAACACUGGAAGAACAUGUCUUACGAUGUGUACAAAGUUACUAGUAUUUUAUUCAACCCUUUUUGUUAUACUCUCUUGCAAGCUAGCCAUACUCCCUAGAUUGUGUGGUCGCUUUCUAGGGAGUCUUUUACUGCAGGGGCGCCCAGUCUAGGCCGCGGGAUAUCUGAUAUCUACUGGUGACCACAGUUAGGUAAGUGUAAGCUAUCUGGCUACAUACACCACUGGCACUGCAUGCAUGCACACUGCACACAUACACCAUGCGUGCACACUGCAUAAUGAACAUUACCACUGGAUCACAGUUUUAAUAUUUAAAAAACAUAUUUGUCUCAUGUGAUUGCCUUUACUGAUAAUCAAUCCUUGCAGUACAUGAAUUAUUUCAGAAUUUGCUCCAUCAAUUUAGCACUCAGGUCCAGUAAGGAUUUUAGGCGGUUACGGAUAUGAAGUUUGAGGGGCGCAUGUUGGACAAGCGUUCAUAUGCAUAAGCCUGCAUCUCUCAUUAUUGUGAUCCCAUGCUGGAUCUUUCGAGUUGAGCUUCAUACUAAUUUUGUCAUUACCUGACCUGGCGCCGGUGGCUUCACAGCGUCAAUGUUUGCACAUCUGAAUGGACUUUCCAAUGGUACAGUGUACCAAGCAACA